AUGAGGCCUUCUUUAAUAGCCAAGAUACCACCCAUUCUCUAUGCGCUCACAGUGCUGGUCGGUUCGAUUGGUGGCGUGUGCUUUCAUGUCUACGCUUGCUUUCACAAUGAAGGCAAGCAAGGGACAACUGUCAAUCGAAGAAAGAACCCCACUCCUCCAAGGCGUGUGCCAUCACGGUAUCCUACAAAAUCAUGCCAGUUGUCCCUCCGAGAAAUAGAUUUGGAACCACAAGAAGAACCGUGGAUACGUCUACAUACCCAAGCACCAACAAGAAUCAUCACACCGAGAAAUCAUAGCCAAGAACAAGAAACUACUCAAAUUCUUGUCUACGAAGAAAGUUUUGCUGCUGUGGAGGUUCCAGCUGAUGCUCCUGUUGAUAUUGAUGUUGAUACCAACCUUACCUUCUUGCCGUAUGCUGCCAAUAGUUCCGUCACGGCCUUUUUAUCACCAUCCUACCCAUCCAUCCUAUCCAACAACAUUACGUACACGACAGCUGUGGAUGUUCCAGCUGCUGAUCAUGUUGAUAUUGAUGUUGAUACCAACCUUACCUUCUUGCCAUAUCCUGCCACUAGUAACAUCGCCGCCGUGGCCUUCUUAUCACCAUCCUACCCAUCCUUCCUAUCCAACAACAUUACGUACACGACUACCGUCGAUGACGACCGCGAGGACAAGAUCUUCAAGAUGUCGCCCAUGCAGCAAAGACUGGCGCAGUUGCGCCACAAGUUGCAAUCGCUCAACGAGCAAGAACGAGAAACCAACCAGAUUCAUCAAAAGAAGAUUCAGCUCCCAUACAUCAACUUUGUGUGGUCUCAUGGAUGA